UUUAAAAAUGGCUUGAGUGGGCUUAAAGCUGGGGUAGGAGUGGCUGCAUCUUUCCAGAAGAUGUGGUGGUUCUUGCCUGGGCUGCUUCCUGGCGCUUCUCUUGACUUUGCUUCACGCCCUGGGCACCCCGAGGUUCUGUUGCAACUGCUCUCACCAUUGCAGCCAUGAUCUCCUUACCGGACACCCAGAGAAUUGGAGUGGGAUUAACAGGAUAUGGAGUAUUUUUCCUGUUCUUUGGAAUGAUUCUCUUAUUUGACAAAGCACUACUGGCUAUUGGAAAUGUUUUAUUUGUGACUAGCUUGGCUUUUGCAAUUGGUUUACAAAGAACAUUCAGAGUCUUCUUCCAAAAACAUAACAUGAAAGCUACAGGAUUUUUCCUGGGUGGUAUAUUUGUUGUCCUUGUUGGUUGGCCCUUCGUAGGCAUGAUCUUUGAAAUUUAUGAUUUUUUUCUUGUUUUCAGGGGCUUCUUUCCUAUGGUUACUGGCUUUAUUAGAAGAGUGCCAGUCCUUGGGUUCCUCUUGAAUUUACAUGGAAUUAGAUCAUUUGUUGAUAAAGUUGGAGAAAGCAACAAUAUGGUAGAAAGACAAGUGAAUUGGGGAUUCAUUUAAAAUAUUGUAUUAUUUAUAAAGUCCUUUGAAGAAUAUUCAGCCCAAAAUUAAAUUACAUGAAAUAGCUUGUAAUGUUUUUUACAGAAGUUUGAAACUUAGAUCCCACCAAGUACCAAUAGCAGUUAAAAAGCAAUGAAAGCAGUCUUCUAAUCAAGUGAUCUAAGAAGUCAGCAAGGAAACUGAAGGAGUGAAAUCUUUGUUACAAUACAUAUUGAAACUCUUGAGGAUGAUUUUUAUUGUUUUUCUGCAGUGUGGGAAAUACAGCCAUCAUUGGAGAAAUGUGGUUCUGUUUCUUUUUCUUUUGAAGAUGCAGGAGCACCCAUAGGCAUUUGCUUUUUGGAAAUAUCCACUGGAAUGGCAAAAGUAUUUCCAGUUGCAUUGUGUCUCUGAAAGUGAUAACAUGAGUUAGAUUGGAUUAUGUCAUUUUAAUGUAUUAAAGCCAAGGAAAACCCAGUUUUGAUGUAUGAAAGUCGUUCGACUUUUUUUUUGGUAACAUGGUUAAAAUUUUUAAAAAGUGCUCAAAAUUUUUUGUUUUAUUUUUUUUUAAGUUUAUUUUUAUUUAGUUUGAGAGAGAGAGAGAGAGAGAGGGAGAGAGAGAAUCCCAAGCAGGCUCUGCACGGCCAGCACAGAGCCUGAUGUGGACUUGAACCACGAACCAUGAGUUCAUGACCUGAGCCGAGAUCAAGAGUCAGAUGCUUAACUGACUGAGCUACCCAGGUGCCCAAGUGCUCAAAAUUUUUUUAAAUAAUGAAGGGAUAAAAUGUACUCAGUCACCUGUAUUUAUACUUUAUCCUUGACACUACUACUUCACUUAUAGCUUAUAUUUAUUGAUUUUUAUGAAGGACCUUCUUUAAAGCUUUAAACUCCUUUCUCGGUUAGUCCUUUGAUGUGUGACGUAGUAAAGGUUUGCACUCUUGGGUUUAUAAAUUCUACUACUUUUAUAUCCCAGACCCAUCUCCUAGUGUCCAAACGGACUUCUCCCUUACCCACUCCAGUUACCUGUUCGUUUUUCAUUCCCUGUCUCAGCACCACGUACACUCACUUAUUCAGGCCAGUGACUGGAGUUACCCUUGAUUCCUGAGUCUCCCCUGUCAGCUUUUCACAAGCACAUCUUAAUUUUGUUUCCAAGUUAUUUAUUUUAUCCAUCUGUGUGCCACCACCAUCACCCCUUCUUUCCUGCUGUGGUAAUUGAAGUCCUCAGUAUUUCUUCUCUGACUUGUUAGAUUAAUUUUCAUCUUCACUCUAUCCCCUUCUCCAAAUUACAACUGGAAUUAUUGCUCUAAAAAGACAAAUAUGGUUACAUUUACUCCCUUGCUUAAAAGUUCUUCAGAAAGUUUCCUAAAGUCUUUAGGCAAGAUUCAAAUUCUUUGUUCUGGCCCAGCCUAACUGCUUUCCUGUCUUUUCUACCUGCUGUUCUGCCUAGAAGGCAUUUCCUGCUCCAACCUUAUCUCCCUGCUUAAUUCUUGUUAAUCCUUUAAAACUAAAUUUAGGUGUC